AAAAAAUCAAUAUUCUUUUGCCACCGCUAGGGUUUCUUCUUGACGGGCAAGCUCUUUGCCUAGGCGCUACUCCUUGUUUUGAAGGGCUUCUCCCCCUAUUUUUCUUUCUUUUCCUUCCAUGGCUCAACCGUGUAUGUUGGCAUGGAAUUAUCGCAAUCUUGGAGAGGCUUACAUGAUCUUUGAGCCAAACUAAUUGUGUGUCCAACAAAGCCUAAUUUUGUCCUACUCCCUACAACAAAGCAAAUGGAAAUGGAGAUGGAGAUGAAUUUGUUCCGAAUAGACUUAGGGUUGGCUCAUUGUUCUGAAAGCGAUUGUGCAGAGAGAGGGGGUGGCUUAACUCUGUUCUGGAAUGAUGCGUUUAACCUUCAAGUUUCCUCUUUCUCGCCAUAUCACAUAGAUGUUGAAAUAGUAGAUCCGGGUGGUUGUCAAUGGCAAUUAAUAAGGCUUUCCGGCCAACCAGAGACUACUUGCAGGGAGGAGUCAUGGACCCAUCUCAAAUCACCCAAGACAGUUUCUCCUCUGCCUUGGAUGCGUUUAGGCGACAUCAAUGAUAUCUUGAGCAAAUCAGAAAUGGAGAAGGGCAAUCUCAGAUUCUGGUCAGGCUAUGCGUGGGGCGCCAUAGUUGGCAAAAGGGCUCUAGUUCCCUUAAUAACUUACGAUAGUAAGGGUUGGAAGAGGAUUGGAAAAGAUGGGAACAUGUUUGGGAGCACUUGCAGACAAAUGGGAGCCGGUUCUGGUAAAGUGCAGCUGGCUCUGGUGAAAUGGAAGUGCAGAGAGCCGGCUCUAGAAGCUACAGCCGGCUCUAUAGGCAAAAAUUGGAAGACCGUUGUUUGGCGCGCGUGGAGAAAAGAUGCAAAGUCGGCUCUGGCUUUGCAUCCGGCUCCGGCUCAAAGUUUUGCAGCCGGCUCUCGAGGAAAACAGAAUGUGCAGGAAUCCCGCAAAGCCGGCUCUGGAAGUUUAAGCCGGCUGUACAGAGCUGGCUCUAGGAAGUUAAGCCGGCUUUCCUGACAAUUCUGCAGCUCGAAGUUUGCGUCCUGCAGGGCAUUUAAUGACCCCCAAUGGCUAGAAACGGCUAUUUUCGAGCAAGGGGCUAUAAAUAUGGUUGGUAACAGAUGUGAAGAAGUUUAGAGAGUAUUGUAUUGAAUAUCUUUACCUACCAACUUGUGCUUUAACUUGAGAUUUUGAUCUUUGAGAGAUCUUUGUUUGUAAUCCUCUUCUUGUGCUAUUAGUGAGUGAUCUUGGGGAUGUGUUGAUUCCUUCAAGAGUGAUCUGUAGAGAGGACCUUUGGGGUUUAAGUGUAAAGGGGUGAGAUUUGAGAGAAACCCUUCUUCUUGUAAAGGAUUGAGUGGCUCCUUUAAGCCACCAUUGUUUUUGUUAGUGGAGAGUGAAGAGGAAAUCCUUGGUGAGUGAAGCCAAGGUAGAGAACUAGGCUCCAAGUGGUUGGACCGAACCUUUAUAAAAUCAUUGUGCAAGU